AAGAUUUGGGAGGAUAUUCAAUGUCAUUUCUUAAUUGCUCUGCUAAUUCUUUGAAAACCAACCAAUUCACGGGAUUGACGUGGAUGAUGUUCAAGGUCCCUCUGGAAGGACAUGUCACCUGAUUUGAGCCAAAUUGGCAUAAGUUUGCCUGCAUUUCCUCCAAGGUUGUUUCAGCAGCACGAGUUUGAUUCCAGUAUGUUGUCUCUUGUUUGUGCAUAGCUGUCUUUUUUCAAAUUAUCACUACCCUUGGUCCUUCAGAAGGGGGAUCCCAAUGUAGCUUUGCAGGCACCAACCAAACUAUUUUGCAUCUUGUAUUCAAGCUUCUGAAGAACCUGAGGUUUCAGUCAUAAAAAAAGAAUCUGAGAUUUUCUUUGUACCGUCUGGUUGUUCGUCUGGUUCCCAUAAUCAUAUGGAAUCUUUUUAACUUGUUUUAAAGAUAAACGGGUGGAUGGCAACAAUUAGGGUGCUGCUAAAAUUGCUAACAGUGGCAUCUUUGUUCAAUGUUAUGCUACCGACUCACACAAACCACAAGUAGAAAGGAUUACAAGGACGCAAAUCACUUCUUGUCAUGAACACCUGUCUCCUAUUGUCUUGUCCACAACUGAUGGAAAUACUAGUGUUUUGGAUAUUGAUUCAUAGAUAGCAUGAAAUUAAGGUGUUAAUUUUCAUGCUUUCUAAUAGACAAAUCCAAUAAAU